GCGUCUAAAGACAGAAAGAUAAUUCCGAAGGUCACAAACCGGAGCUAGCGUCUUUCGUCGAUUUUCUCAACGACCCUCCAUCUGAAUUCUCGCGUACUCUCCGAAUUUGAUUGAUAGGUUUUCUUAAAACUCUAGGAAGGCAUGGGGAGGUUGUUUGUGGUGAAUCUCGAGGGGAAGAUCUAUAGUUGCAAGCACUGCCGGACCCAUCUUGCACUGUGUGAAGACAUCGUUUCCAAGUCUUUCCACUGCAGGCAUGGAAAAGCUUAUCUCUUCAAUAAGGUAGUGAAUGUGUCUGUCGGUGAAAAAGAAGAAAGAGUGAUGACGACUGGGAUGCACACUGUUGCUGACAUAUUUUGUGUUGGUUGUGGAUCAAUAGUAGGGUGGACAUAUGAGACUGCCCAUGAAAAAAGCCAGAAGUACAAGGAAGGAAAAUCUGUGCUUGAGAGAUACAAGGUUUCAGGUCCCGAUGGAAGCAAUUACUGGGUCAGCCAUGGAGCACAUAUUGGUGGAAGUGAUGCAGAUGAUGCUUAAUUACCCUUUAUUUAAACACUAGUUGUGAGUGACGUGUAAUACACGUUUUCCUAGUGACUAAUAUUCACAAAGUGUAAAAAUAAUAUGUUUUUUUAAAUAAAAUUAAUUAGUCAAUAUUUUAACGUA